ACGGGUGAAGCAAUUUCGAAGUUCAUGCACGAGGAGAUCGUUAUGCGUUUUGGUUGUCCACAUGAAAUUGUCACGGAUCGUGGUGCAAAUUUUCUUUCCAACAUUCUCGCUCUUUAUCUUGGUCGCAUGAAAAUCCAACACAAGCGCACAUCGGCUUUUCAUCCACGUACAAAUGGCAAGGCUGAACGCACAAAUGGAAUCCUCAAGCAAAUGCUACGCAAGUAUGUCAAUGGUGCCAUUCAUCGUUGGGAUGAAUUUGUGGAUACUACUGUUUUUGCCUGUCGCAUUCGCAAGCAUCGUACCACUGGUCUUAGUCCUUUUUACAUGGUAUAUGGUCAAGAUCCUGUUCUCCUUGGUGAUACCUUGCAGCCUAUGGUCCUUUCCAAUCCAUCUGAUGAUCCACAAGCACUUGCAGACUCUCGUUUACCUGAUUUGCGUAAUUUACGUGAUUCUCGCAACAAGGCUAUUGAUCGACUUCAACGCAAUGCACAACUUGACAAACAACGUUGGGAUGCUUUACUCAAACCACAAGAUUUCUCUAUUGGUGAUAUCGUUGCUAUGCGACAUGAGAACAAGCUUAGCCUUGAAUACAACUGGAAAGGCCCUUAUCGCGUCAUUGGCAAGAAUCAAGAAUACCAUACCUACAAGCUCGAAGACAUGCAAGGCAAAAUUUAUGCAUCUAUGGUACACACCGAUCGCCUAAGGCCUCUUAACGUCAAGAACCCAAUUCCUGAACCAUGGUAUGAUCCUGCUUCCUCACGUGCUCAAGAACGUCAACGUCUCGCUCAAGCUGCAAGUACGUACGAGGACGUGCAAUAA